GAUCAGUUAAGUGGCCCUAACGGCCUGUUGAAAGACAAAACUAGACUGUUAGUCACGCAUGGAAUCACGUACUUGCCCCAGACGGACAACAUGUAUGUGCUAAAGGACGGGGAAGUAUCCGAGACGGGUACCUACCAAGAACUCCUGGAAAAAAAGGGGGCGUUUGCUGAAUUUAUCACUCAACACAUAACCGAAGAAAUCGAAGAUGAAGACGAACUGGAUGAACUUCAGGAACAGCUGGCCAACACUCCAAUUGCCAAGGAAAUCACCAGGACAAUCUCAAGACAAAGAUCGCGACUGUCUGAAUCUGGUUCAAUAGGCUCUCAAAACGGGCUAGACAGAACAGAGUCUAGAGAGAGUUUGAGGAGCAACGGUAUGAAGAGGAAACCCAGCAUGUCUAUACGGAAAAUGAGCGUUGGCCGAAGCAGUAACAAAGGCAAAGAACCUGGUGAAGAACCACCUAGCAAGGGCAAACUGACCACAGUAGAGAAAGAGGAAAAAGGCAACGUAAAAUGGGACGUUUAUUGGUACUACCUUGGAGCCAUUGGGAUUGCCUUCAUCGUGGGAACAAUUCUCUUCAGCAUCGGAUUUCAAGUGUUUGGCAUCGCAACAAACGUGUGGCUUGGAAUGUGGUCCGAAGACCCUAACAUGGUCGUAGAUGGAAAAGUGGACGCUGCCUUAAGAGAUAUGUAUUUGGGCGUUUAUGGAGCAUUGGGAAUUGGACAAGCUCUCUCAAUUCUCUCUUCGUCAUUAAUUUUUACAAAAGGUACAAUGUUUGCCGCAACUAAACUCCACAAUUUUAUGCUGAAAAACGUGCUGCGCCUUCCGAUGGCCUUCUUCGAUACCACCCCAUCCGGACGUAUCCUCAGCAGGUUUUCUAAUGACAUCAUCGGUAUAGACUUGAGAUUACCAAUGACGUUUACCGUAUUUUUCCAAAAUACCUUUCGGGUGAUUGGAACUAUGCUGGUAAUCUGCUUCACCACGCCACUGUUCACAGCCGUGAUAAUUCCCCUUUUAGCCAUAUACAUUUUCAUUCAAAGAUAUUAUGUGGCCACCUCACGCCAACUCAGGCGAAUCGAGUCGGUCUCGAAGUCGCCCAUUUACUCACAUUUUGGAGAAACCGUCACCGGAACUCAUGUGAUCCGGGCAUAUGGACAAGUGGCCAGAUUCACCGAGAUUUCUGAGAAUAAGGUGGACUUGAAUCAGAAAACCAUGUACCCCUCAAAUUCAUCCAGUCUAUGGCUGACUGUGCGUCUGGAAACGAUUGGAAACUUGAUUAUUUUGUUCGCAGCUUUAUUUGCAGUGCUGGGAAAAGAUUUGAACCCUGCCCUCGUAGGGCUCUCCGUCAGUUAUUCGAUGAAUAUUACUAACACGUUAAACUUCUUGGUUCGCAUGAUUUCUGAUGUAGAAACCACAAUCGUUUCGGUGGAACGUAUCAAAGAGUAUGGAGAAAUGGAAACAGAAGCUGACUGGGAUAUUCCCAACAAAAAGCCGGCAGAAACCUGGCCUGAAAAUGGUCAGCUAGAUUUUAAAAACUUUAGCGUUAAAUACAGGGCUGGCCUAGAUCUGGUCCUUAAAGGAAUCAGCUUUCAUAUUAAGGGAGGUGAAAAAGUCGGGAUCGUAGGCAGAACUGGAGCCGGCAAGUCCAGCUUGACCCUAGGCUUGUUUAGGAUAAUUGAAGCUGCGCAUGGACAAAUCCUGAUUGACAACAAAGAUAUAGCCGAUAUCGGUCUUCACGAUUUACGAUCCCGAUUAACAAUCAUUCCUCAAGACGCGGUUUUGUUCUCGGGAUCGCUUAGGAUGAACCUUGAUCCAUUCGACAAAUAUUCCGAUAAGGACGUGUGGAAUUCCUUGGAAUUGGCCCACUUGAAGGAAUUCACCAAAGGAUUAAGUGGAGGUUUAAGUCAUAUCGUCUCAGAAGGCGGAGAUAAUAUGUCAGUUGGUCAAAGGCAACUAGUUUGUUUAGCACGCGCUUUGCUAAGAAAGACUAAGAUACUCAUUCUGGACGAAGCCACCGCCGCAAUCGACUUGGAAACCGAUGAUCUCAUUCAGAAAACCAUUCGAACGGCUUUUGCAGACUGUACAGUGCUUACUAUUGCUCACAGAUUAAACACGAUUAUCGAUUCGGAUAGAGUGUUGGUUUUAGAUCAGGGAAAAAUAGCAGAAUUCAACACACCCAAAGUUCUGUUAGAUGAUAAAACGUCGAUAUUCUAUGGUAUGUGUAAGGACGCGGGUAUUGUUUAAAAAUUACAUUAAGAGGAACACUUCUGUACAUAUAGACGUAGGUUACAUAUAUAAUACUUAUUGCGUACUUGUUAGGGCUUCGGUAUUUAUUGCGAUUGUAUGAAAAACCGGGUGUGGCUGUUCUACUUAAAUGAUUAUUAAACUUUUAUAUAAAAUCGUAGCGCCUAUAAUUUAAUCGCUAGACUUUCUAAAUGAUCAACUUGAAUGUACUUAGUGUUUUGGAGAUUUAAAUUAAGUAAAUACUUACGCUACAACA